GACCGUUAGCUCCUGCACAGUAUUAUUAUGUUUUGCUUUACCAAUAAAUGAAUCAUUUAAUAUCAAUUAUUAUUAUGACAAAAGUCAAUUCAUUUUAUUUUCCUUUGAAGACUAUUAGUACUGAAAUUUGUUUCUAUUUAAAAUACGUUAGAUUCAGUUUUCGAAAAUAAUGGUUGAUCAGUGAAAAGUUUGGUGCCCGCCAGCCGCCAUAUUCACAAAUAUAAAAUACAAAUCAGCUGGAUAACCUAACAUGACAGAAGACAUCGACGGACGUGAAACAAUAUGCGAUUCUGUGAGCUCGUUAGUAGAAGGAUGUCGACUCCCAGUCCGAAUGAGAAAUUGCGAAGAUUGGCCUCUUGCCGAAAUUAUAAGCAUCAAAGACGACGGAGGAGGGAAGAACUCAUACUAUAUCCAUUAUGUCGAUUACAACAAACGUCUAGACGAAUGGGUGGUGGAAGAGCGACUGGACACACGGAAAGUGCAGUUCCCGCGCAAAGAUGGCAGCGGGGGCGGAGCCACCGGCGCAGGGGGCGUGGCCACGCCCAAAAAGAUGUUGGCGACGCCGGCAGCCAAUCGCGAGACGAGUUCGUGUCCCUCGUCACGCCCCUCGUCACCACCGCACAACUCCGCCUCCUCCGAGCUGGUCAAUGGCAGUGCCGUGCUGGCUGCAGCGCUACACAAGAAGAUAUCGCGCAAGCGCAAGGCCAACGCCAGUAUAGACGAAAAAAAACCUGACCUGCCUGUGGAAAAUAGUAAUUUUAAAAAUGAAAUUAAAGCGGAUUUUGAUCAUCAAAUAUCAGUGCAAUUCCUUAUAGGCGUUCAAGCAGCGGUCAAGCCUGCUUAUAGCUGCUCCCUUGUCUGUCUAAAGGUGCAAUUCCUUAGAGGCGUUCAAGCAGCGGUCAAGCCGGCUUAUAGCUGCUCCCUUGUCUGUCUGAAGGUGCAAUUCCUUAGAGGCGUUCAAGCAGCGGUCAAGCCUGCUUAUAGCUGCUCCCUUGUCUGUCUAAAGGUGCAAUUCCUUAUAGGCGUUCAAGCAGCGGUCAAGCCCGCUUGUAGCUGCUCCCUUGUCUGUCUAAAGGUGCAAUUCCUUAGAGGCGUUCAAGCAGCGGUCAAGCCUGCUCAUAGUUGCUCCCUUGUGUUUCUAAAGGUGCAAUUCCUUAGAGGCGUUCAAGCAGCGGUCAAGCCCGCUUAUAGCUGCUCCCUUGUCUGUCUAAAGGUGCAAUUCCUUAGAGGCGUUCAAGCAGCGGUCAAGCCGGCUUAUAGCUGCUCUCAAGCAGCGGUCAAGCCUGCUCAUAGUUGCUCCCUUGUGUUUCUAAAGGUGCAAUUCCUUAUAGGCGUUCAAGCAGCGGUCAAGCCCGCUUAUACCUGCUGCCUUGUCUGUCUGAAGGUGAAAUUCCUUAGAGGCGUUCAAGCAGCGGUCAAGCCCGCUUAUAGCUGCUCCCUUGUCUGUCUGAAGGUGCAAUUCCUUAGAGGCGUUCAAGCAGCGGUCAAGCCUGCUCAUAGUUGCUCCCUUGUGUUUCUAAAGGUGCAAUUCCUUAGAGGCGUUCAAGCAGCGGUCAAGCCUGCUUAUAGCUGCUCCCUUGUCUGUCUAAAGGUGCAAUUCCUUAGAGGCGUUCAAGCAGCGGUCAAGCCGGCUUAUAGCUGCUCCCUUGUCUGUCUGAAGGUGCAAUUCCUUAGAGGCGUUCAAGCAGCGGUCAAGCCUGCUUAUAGCUGCUCCCUUGUCUGUCUGAAGGUGCAAUUCCUUAGAGGCGUUCAAGCAGCGGUCAAGCCUGCUCAUAGCUGCUCCCUUGUGUUUCUAAAGGUGCAAUUCCUUAGAGGCGUUCAAGCAGCGGUCAAGCCUGCUUAUAGCUGCGCUGUUCGAACGCCUUCAAGGAAUUGCACCUUUACUUGCUGCACGAGGAUGAAAAAUGUCGAAAUGAUUGAACUAGGUCUGCAUAGGAUACGACCCUGGUAUUUCUCCCCUUACCCUCAGGAGCUUGUAAAUCAGCCAUGCAUAUACAUAUGUGAAUUUUGUUUAAAAUACAGAAAAAGUCGGAAAUGUUUAGAAAGGCAUUUGAACAAAUGCAACCUUCGACAUCCGCCCGGCAACGAGAUCUACAGGAAAGAGAGCAUCUCGUUCUUCGAAAUCGACGGCCGAAAGAACAAAGUGUACGCACAGAACCUAUGUCUGCUGGCCAAACUGUUCCUCGACCACAAAACACUGUUCUACGACACCGACCCCUUCCUCUUCUACAUCAUGACCGACCUGGACGACAGAGGCUUCCACAUUGUUGGCUAUUUCUCCAAGGAGAAGCAGUCGGCUCAGGACUACAACGUCGCCUGCAUUCUCACCAUGCCGCCCUAUCAGCGCAAAGGUUACGGGAAGUUGCUCAUCGAAUUUAGUUACGAACUGUCGAAAUUCGAAGGCAAAACAGGCUCACCUGAGAAGCCAUUAUCCGAUCUCGGCCUGCUAUCCUACCGAAGCUAUUGGGCGCACACCAUUCUAGACAUCCUCAUAACCCUCAAGCCACAAGGGGAUAACGAGCAGCCGCAGAUUACUGUCAACGAAAUCUGCGAGCUGACCAGUAUAAAGAAGGACGACGUGAUUUCGACACUGCAAAACCUGAACCUGAUCAACUACUACAAGGGUCAGUACAUCAUCACAAUGAGUCAGGAAACUGUGUCCAGUCAUCUAAAGUCCAUGGAGAAGCGCAAGAUACGCAUCGAUCCAAAGUGCAUUCACUGGACGCCUCGUGAUUGGUCCAAACGUGCCAAGUGGUAGCCACGCCCCCUUCGCCUUGCGCCGCGAUUGGUCCAAACGUGCCAAGUGGUAGCCACGCCCCCUUUUACCCCCGAUUGGUCAAGUGAAGUGGUAGCCCCGCCCCCCUUCUACCACUCGCCGCGAUUGGUCCAAACGUGCCAAGUGCUAGUGGCCCCGUCCCUUUAUCUCCUCUCCACCAAUCACUUAUUGUUUUAAAUAGGUGUUUCAUUUUCGUCGAUUUGUAUCAACAAUAAUUAGGAAAGCGACAAAGUUUGUUGGUGUGUGGUCGAUUUUUUUGCUCUAGAUUUCAAAGACUUGAUUGAACGAAGAGUGUAUUGUAAAAAGCAAAUAAA